AUCAGAUUCCCUCAAACUACUUUGCACCCUUCAUCAUGUUGAACACGCCGGGCAUCUGCUUAGAGCAAUACGCUCUUUCCUUCCAAAAUGGCUUCCUUCCUGAUAGUCCUCCUCUACAACAACUGCCUGACCCCUACUACUCCCCAUGGGAAAGCAUCGUCGCCAACUUGCCAACUCGUAUCGAAGAGCGGGUGAUAAGGCAGUCGAUAGAUGAGUUGCCAAUUCUUACCACUAGCAAGCUAGCAUCUGAGCCGGAAUGGAGAAGAGCAUAUGUUGUGCUUGCUUAUCUUACCCAUGCCUACAUCUGGGGCGGAGAUACACCUCGCGAAGUGUUACCACCCUGCAUCUCGCGGCCCUUCAUCGAGGUGUCGAAACAUCUAGAACUCCCACCGUGUGCGACGUACGCAGCUCUGAACCUUUGGAACUUCAGAAUCUCACAAGAAAACGCCGACCUGACUGACCCCGAUAAUCUAUCGGUUGUCAACUCGUUCACUGGCACGAAAGACGAAGAAUGGUUUUUCAUGCUUUCGGUGGCAUUGGAGGCCAAGGGAGCACAGCUUAUCCCGCUGAUGACCAAUGCCAUCCAGGCCGCCAGUGUUGAUGACGCUGUGUUGGUGAAAGCACAUCUUGACCAGCUGGCCGAAGGUCUUGUCGAGCUUGGGGAGCAACUGGAGCGUAUGUAUGAGCACUGUCAACCAACCGUGUUCUAUCAUCAACUACGCCCCUUCCUAGCAGGUAGCAAGAACAUGGCGGUAGCUGGGCUGCCGAGGGGCGUGUAUUACAACAUGGGAGAUGGCGAAGGUGAAUGGCGUCAGCACAGUGGCGGCAGCAAUGCACAAAGCUCCUUGAUCCAGACAUUCGAUAUAUUCCUUGGUGUGGUGCACCAUGCGACGGGGGAAGCAAAGGACUCUACCGGGAAGCCCCCUGUUGCCUCCAAGGGCGGAUUCAUAGAACAAAUGCGCAAAUACAUGCCAGGACCCCACCGCCGCUUCCUCGAGAUGUUGGUUCGCACAGCCAAUGUCCGCUCAUAUGCUCUGAGCCACAAGGCUGACUCGCCGGUACGGGAUGCAUACAACGGAGCCGUGAUGUCACUGGGAAGAUUCCGAGACAAGCAUGUCAAGAUGGUGACACGAUACAUUAUCGGGCCUGCGCGCGGUACGCCCCCAAGUGAGACGUCCUCGCAAAUCAAUCUGGCGACCAGGACAUCGACGCGCAUGGAAAGCUGGAACGGACAAGGAGUUACUGAUGGAGUUCAUGGUACUGGAGGGACUGACCUGAUUCCGUUCUUGAAGCAAACACGAGAUACCACCAAGGCCGCAGCUUGCUACUCGGAUUGA